GGAAGCCGCGGCGGCGGCACGAAGAAGCGAGGGAAGCCGCUGGCCGGGCGCCCAUCUGUGCUCAUCUGCAAGCCGCGGCGGCCCCCCUGGCGCCGCUCGGGAAGAAAACGCUCGCCUUGUGCCGCCGGCUCGCACGGAGCGGCACGCACGGGCACGGGCGGCGGUGCGGGGCAGGGCAGGAGCGAGGGUGUCCCAAGGCGGAGAAUCACCUAUCACUACACUGGUGCAGUGACACUAAUACUAAUUAAAAAAUGGCAUUUCGAAAGGCAAUAAAAGGCACUAUUCUUGUUGGAGGAGGUGCUGUAGCAACUGUUUGGGGCCUCUCACAACUUUCUCAGUACAGAGGAAAGCAUGGUAACCUUGCAUCUGUUGAAGCUUCCGAAUGCAAGCCUUCACUCAUGCUAAGCUCCCUUCCUACCAGAGAGAGUCAGCUCCAGGCCCUGCGAGAAAAUGGUGAAUUCGAUGUUCUUAUCAUAGGUGGUGGUGCAACAGGAAGUGGUUGUGCUUUAGAUGCUGUUACAAGAGGCCUAAAAACAGCCCUUGUAGAAAGAGAUGAUUUCUCAUCUGGGACCAGCAGCAGAAGCACUAAAUUGAUCCAUGGCGGAGUGAGAUAUCUUCAGAAGGCCAUCAUGAAGUUGGAUUUAGACCAGUACAGAAUGGUAAAAGAAGCCCUCCAUGAACGUGCCAACUUGCUCGAAAUUGCACCUCAUCUGUCGUCUGCUCUGCCUAUAAUGCUUCCUGUUUACAAGUGGUGGCAGCUGCCCUACUACUGGGUGGGAAUUAAAAUGUAUGACCUUGUAGCUGGAAGCCAGUGUCUGAAAAGCAGCUAUGUGCUUAGCAAAUCAAAAGCCCUGGAACUCUUCCCCAUGUUACGGAAAGACAGACUCGUUGGUGCUAUUGUCUACUAUGAUGGACAGCACAACGAUGCACGAAUGAACCUUGCCAUUGCCCUCACCGCUGCCAGGUACGGGGCUGCCACAGCCAAUUACACUGAAGUGCUGCGCUUGCUGAAGAGGACGGAUCCCAGCAGCGGGAAGAGCCGUGUCUGCGGAGCAAGGUGCAGGGAUGUUCUAACAGGGCAGGAAUUUGAUGUCAAAGCCAAAUGUGUUAUCAAUGCUACAGGACCUUUCACAGACUCUGUGCGGAAAAUGGAUGAGCAGGAAGUAGCAAACAUCUGUCAGCCAAGUGCAGGCGUUCAUAUUGUGAUGCCUGGCUAUUACAGCCCUGACAAUAUGGGCCUUCUUGACCCAGCCACCAGUGAUGGAAGAGUGAUUUUCUUCUUGCCGUGGCAAAAGAUGACUAUUGCUGGUACCACUGAUACUGCAACCGAAGUGACACCACACCCCAUUCCGACAGAAGAAGAUAUCAACUUCAUUUUGACGGAAGUGCGCAACUAUCUUAGUUGUGAUGUAGAAGUGAGAAGAGGAGAUGUUCUCGCCGCGUGGAGUGGGAUUCGUCCGCUUGUAACAGACCCCAAUUCUAAGGACACCCAGUCCAUAUCUCGGAAUCAUGUGGUGCAUGUCAGCGACAGUGGCCUUGUCACCAUAGCAGGUGGAAAAUGGACAACCUACCGCUCCAUGGCACAGGAUACCAUUGAUGCUGCUGUACAGGCUCAUGGCCUUCAUGCGGGUCCCUGUAAGACCGUAGGGCUUGCCCUUCAGGGUGCAGAGGGAUGGAGCCCUACCCUUUAUAUUCGACUGGUUCAAGAUUAUGGACUUGAAAGCGAGGUGGCGCAACAUUUGGCGAGCACAUUCGGUGACAAGGCUUUUGAAGUGGCAAAGUUAGCCCAGGUGACUGGAAAGAGGUGGCCUAUCGUUGGAAAACGCCUUGUGUCGGAGUUUCCAUACAUCGAGUCUGAGAUUGAGUAUGCAAUCCAAGAAUAUGCUUGCACUGCAGUGGACAUGAUUGCCCGGCGCACACGGUUGGCUUUCCUGAAUGUGCAAGCUGCAGAUGAAGCCUUACCAAGGAUAAUUGAGAUCAUGGGAAAGAAACUGAAAUGGAGUGAACAGAAGAAGAAGGAGGAGAUGGCAGAGGCGAAGAAGUUCCUCUACUACGAAAUGGGCUACAAGGCACGGUCAGAGCAACUCACCGACCGUAGUGAAAUCACUUUGUCCCCAGCUGAUAUCGAGAGAUAUAAAAAGAGAUUCCACAUGUUUGAUAAAGAAGGAAAAGGUUUUAUUACCAUAUUGGAUGUGCAGCGUGUGUUAGAGAGCAUCAACCUUCAAAUUAAUGAGAGUGCGCUCCAUGAUAUUUUGAAUGAAGUGGAUUUGAACAAAAAUGGGCAGGUUGAACUCAAUGAGUUUUUGCAGCUUAUGACUGCUAUUCAAAAAGGAUAUGUUUCUGGAAGCCGGCUGGCUGUGCUGAUGAAAGCCGCUGAGGAGAACAUCCAUCAUCGGGAAGUGAUUUCAGUAGAUCGGAGCUGCGGUGGCCUGUGAGCUCUGGAGCUCACAGUGGCCUAGCGAUGUCCCGUGCAGCUGCCUCUCCCUGCUGAAAAAACAUUCCAGUGCGUGGUGACGUCUCUGCUUCCUCUCCUCGCCCCGUCCACCGUUGAGCUCCCAUGGCAAGAGACCGCAGUGGCCCCAGUCCUUUCCUUCCCCUUCUAUGUUUGCUGUGACGGUCCCACUGCUCCAUCUGCGGCCUGCGGAACUGGGUGUACCGAACUAGGGUGACGUUUCUGCUCUCUGCAGAAUUGCCGGUGGACAAACAUUUUUGACAUACGGAAGGCAGUUAAAGAACUGUGAGCUACAGGACUUCUCCUGGGCUGAUCCAAGGGGAUCGACACGACUCCUUGGCUAGACCUUGAAGCCGCAGGAGGGGAUCCAGGUUUUCACCAAGCGUGAAUGCAGGUGCAGUACCACUCUGCCAGCUGCACAGGGGCAGGGAUGAAUCCUUUCAUACAUCAGUGAGCUGGUUUCCACCCCUCCUCUUGCAUCUUGCUGUAUCAAAUUGGCCGAAGCAGAAGGCAGCAGCCUGCCUUCAGUGUCUUACAUGUGGGCUUAUUCAUUAAAUCUCUGGAUUCCCACCCCACCCCCCGAGAAGUGUGUUAUGUUAAAUGUCAACUUUCGCCUAGAACUUCAGGGCUAACUGUAUUUUUUUAAUUGUUUCAAGGCUAUUAAAACAUGCAUGCCCUAAAAAAGACAAGAAAAAAGAAUGAUUUGUUAUUGAGGAGAAUAAUGCUUUUUCCCAUUUUAGAGAAGUGUGUUGUGCUAAAUGUUAAUCUUUUGCCUAGAACUUAAAGGCUGAAGGGCUUUUUCAUGGUUGCAAGGCUCUUAAAAUGCAUGCCCUAAAAAAAGAAAGAAGAGCGAGAGAGAGAGAGAGAGAGAUUGAGAUUUCCCAGUGGGGAGAAUAAGAGUGUCCCUAUCUUGGAUUUUUGAAGAAUAUUGCCAAAAUGCAAAUGAAGGUACUUAGUUGUGUUUGGAUAAGAGGGCAUCCAGGGCCAAGUUCUUUUAGGAUUAAACACGGAAGGCAGAGCAAUCUUGUGAUCAGUAGAUAGCGUCUGGACAGCCGCAGGAUCACUGAGAUCCCUGCUGUGAGAUCGGAGGGGUGCUCCUGUCCUAUGCAGGCAGUGGGAAUCCUGGUCUCCUCCCCUCCUCACCCGUAGCCAGUGCAAAAAGAACCGUGCCAGCUGCUUCUCUGGGUCCUGGGGAGCCUCCGAGGUGGACUUGAGCAGGCAUUCCGGGGAGUAGCAAAGGGAGUGGAGGAGGCCAGUGCCACCAAGAUGCAGCAUAUCUUGGAUCCUUCCCUUCUAGCCCAGCGCAGCCCACUUAGCAGAAAUCAGCUGCCUAAGUGUUUUGCAGGGCAGGAGGCAUGUAGAGGUGACAUUUGCUUUCAUGCUCCCGCUGCUUUUCAUUCUCCAGAUGUGGAGGGUUGCAAGCGUUUGAAUUGGCUUGCGCCCUGUAUUUCACUGGGAAUACUUGGCUUCGAGUAGCUAUGUCCUGUGCAGCAACUACGAUGUGCAGGUGGAUUUCUGAAAAGCACCCCAAGACAGGUUAAGAUUAGAAGCAUGUCACAAGGACAGGUGUACAGAAAAGGGCUUCUUAUCCUGUUAUGGCCAGACUUUAAAAAUACGGGAUUUCCCUCUCUCUUUCUUCCCAGCUUGGUAUAGCAUGUGAUAUGGUGAUUAGAGCACGUAGGUGUUUUUUUUUUCCUUUCCUAUGAAAUUUCUGUAGAACUGUUUUUGAACGGAGCAAAGGUCUGUUUCUUUUCCAUAAAGAAAAGCACAAUGGGAAACUCUCCUCUUGUCACAACUUGUAAUUUUACGAGAGAGAAAUUGAGCUGGACUUUAUUAAACUAUUACUAAGAUUGCCUCCUGUCCUAUUUUGGGCCAUUUUCCCAAACAUGGGCUUUCACUCCUGCCUGCCACCCCAGUUACUCUCCCUGUGAAGGUGGGCCAUGUGCUGAAGUGGAAAGUUUGCUGCUUCUUGUUUGGAAAAUGAGGCGCUAACAUGAAGCAAAGAGAAGAGGCUCUGGGUUGCUGGUGUGGAGAGAAGAAGCCUUCGUGUACUUUGUCUUGACAUGUUUUCACCUCCUGAGGGGCAUUUAUCCCCAUUCUGAGUUCUUCUUCAAGGGGAUGCUCCUGUGAGUCAUACAGUGCGUGGAGUGUGUGCUCUUAGAACUUGCAGGCCAAAAUCCUUCCUGGCAUGAUGAUGCUCAUCUCUUGAAUAACAAGAAGUGCAGCAUUCUUCAGAACACAGCAUGUGAGCUGACCCUUAAUAUACCUAGACAGAAGAAUGACAUGAGGAAUCUGCAUGCAACAUCAGCCCACAGUCUGGGACCCUUCUAAUGGGGCACUGUAUUCUGCCCAAAAGACCUCAUUUCUCCUGUCAAAGCACCCUCUAUAGAAAUGCUGAAGGUACUGAGGGUUUCUGCUGCUAGAAAAGCUACUGGUACAUACCACCAACCCAGCAAGUAACUUCAGAGGUAUGCAUUUGCAUUUUGUUACAAAGUUUUAUAUUUUAAUUGUUUACUUUUAGGCCACCUUUAAAGGGUGAAACUCUCCCUUGGUCCGUGUUGAGCCUAAGGGGCAGAGGCCUGGUAGAAAGUUACGUGAAGGCAGCAUUCAGGAAGGGAUCUGGCAGACAUGUGUGCCAACAUUUUGCUCUUGCAAGUUUUGGCUCCGAUCAAGAUAUUUCAGACUUCCCUUUGAUAGGGUGGUGGAGGCAGAAAUGGAUUCGUCCUCCUGCUAGGCACUUCAGGCAGACUUGAAAUACAGGACUAAAACUUUGUACGCACAUAUCAAUGUUGAGGUUUCUCCUUGGGCACAAAGGAUUGUUUUGUGCAGUGUAUCCCAUGGGCUGCUUCCCCUCCACCCGGCCAGUACUGGACUCUUUUACAUGAGUUGUCUUCUCCUUGGGUUAACAUGAUCUCACUUGGAGCAGAAACAUUAACUAAAAUGGGAGUAGUCCAAAGCUGUGUAUAAGAGUAUAUGGAGAAAAGAACACUACUGUAUUUAUACCCUAAAAAUGUGAGGGUGCCAGUGUUUUUAUAUACCUUUGAAUAAAAAUGGCACUUUAGCAUUCCCCUUUGACCCUUCGAGCAAAAGCUAACGCCUCCGACAAGGGAUAGAAUGUGCACACGCACACACGUGUGUCUCAUCCAGAUAUGCUCCAGGAAUUUAGCAAACUGUUUCUCCACCACCAAAGCUGAACCAGGCUGGGGAUGGCAAGUGAAGAAAAACAACAUCUGUUCUGGAGGAGGUGGUCUAAUAUUCAUUUUUGAAUACACCUUUUCAAAUAGGUUCCGUCUCCAUGAUAACGCAAGCUUUUCAGCAACCCCUAGUUCUGGUUAUCACUACCCGAGCUCCAUUCUUGCUGUUCUUCAUCUUUUGCUGCCAAUGCAGUCAUGCCGUGAACAUGCAUGUGUGUAUGUUGAUUUCCCGUGAUGGUCUGUAUGCAUUUUUUUAGCCUGAUCUCUGGAUUUUAGCUUCUCUUCUCUUCUCUUCUCUUCUCUUCUCUUCUCUUCUCUUCUCUUCUCUUCUCCCAAAAAUGCAUAUCUCAGUUUUGUUUGAGGACGUGAAAGAUAUUAUAGAUGAAUCUUCCACUUGCUUGAUUCAGUAAAAUUAAAGAAUUAGAAUUCAGAACUCAAAAUGACUUGGUUACAUGAAGCUCUUUUAUCUGUACUGAAGAUUUUUACAUGAGUACAAAAAUUUAAAGGGAAGGCACUUGCAGAACUGUUUUGCACUGUGUUAAAGACACGUCGUACUAUUGUACCACUGUGCUUCAAAAAGGAAGGAAAGAAAUAUUGCAACCAGGUACCUGGCUUUGGGGGGGUGGGGGGAGAGAGAGGGCAUGUGAGUGAGUACACACACAUAUAUGCACACAUAUACAUAUAUACAUGCCACAUGUUUUUCCAUCUGGCACUUUUAUGUAUUGUGUUGGGUUAUCGUUCAGGAUCAGACUGUUAAAUAUUGUGUUUGAAGCUGGGUUGUCAUUUUUAUAACUGUCUCGGUGUUUUAUUGCCAUUAUUUAUUACUUUUGAUAUACAGAAUGAGCUGCAUGCAUUUAUAGAGCAAUAAGAGGAUGUAUUUAAUGUGCCUUGUUUUUAACUGAAUAAGAACUGAAAGCAUGAAUCAAUAAAACUGAUUAAAAUGGUC